AUGGGUACAAAAUAUGGUGUGCACUUGUGGGACGGUCUCGAGGUUGAGGAAGCCCUCUUCUUCCUCGUCACCAACUGCCUCAUAGUGUUUGGUCAAUUAGCAUUUGACAAUGCCCUUGCAGUGCUGUACACGUUCCCGGCCAUGUUUGCGAAGCCCUCCCUGCUUCCAUCACCCAAAAAGCUGAUGGGCGCUCUGCUCACACCAUGCUCCAAGUACGAUGAUGCCCGCCUUAUAGGCCUUAGCGAGGCUGUGCAACGUCUCAAGCGUAAGAGCCGUAGUUUCUACCUGGCCUCCGCAACUUUCCCCGGACCAUUACGAGCAGACCUCCUGCUGCUCUACUCCUUCUGCCGCGUUGCUGACGAUCUGGUGGACAAUGCUUCCUCCGCUGAUGAAGCCAAGGCCUGGAUAGCGAAACUGCGCAAGUUCCUAAACAAUACGUAUAGCGAUUCUGCUUCCAAGUCUACAGUACAUGACCAAGUUCGCGAGGACUUUCCUGCUGCCACACAAUCUGCGCUCCUCCAGCUUCCAGCCGUUAAACUCUCGCAUCAACCACUGGAGGAUCUUCUACGCGGCUUCGAGAUGGAUCUUGCUUUCGAGAAGGGACCCCUGAUCAAGAGCACGGAGGAUUUGCGCUUGUAUUCAGAGCGCGUAGCGGGCACUGUAGCUCAGAUGUGUAUUCAACUCAUCUUCAACUGGUAUCCCAGCGCCUUGCCCGCCGAAGAACAGCGUGCCAUAGUCACUGCUGGGAACAGCAUGGGUGUCGCCUUGCAAUACGUCAACAUUGCGCGAGAUAUACAAGUAGACGCUAAGAUAGAUCGUGUUUAUCUUCCUUUGGAAUGGCUGUCUGAAGUUGGAUUGAGUUACGAUGAGGUAUUGAAAAAACCGGACCACGCACAGAUCGAGACGCUACGUAAGCGUCUUCUUAAGGACGCGUUUUCUUUGUAUGAGAAAACCAAGGUUGCAAUCGAGCAAUUACCAGUUGAAGCGAGAGGGCCAAUUCGGGUCGCGGUCGAGAGCUAUAUGGAGAUUGGGAGGGUGUUGAAACAGGACAAUUUUAAGGUCAAGGCCGGUCGCGCAACUGUGCCGAAGCCUAGGCGGAUAAUGGUCGCUUGGAGAACACUUAAUCGUUAA